GAGUCUUAAACGCUUUUAUUGAUGCUCCCUAUUUGAUCCUUUCUCAACUCGAAAGACACUCUCGCACCUAAACACCCGCGUCGGUCAUGUCCUCACAUAUACACGUCGUCGAACUCUUGACGGACAAGUUUCUGAAGUCGUGGUCAGGGUUCGAGUGCAGAGAGCGUCGAGUUUACCUCCAGGUGGGGAACGUCGAGGAAGAAAAGAUGAAUAUCGGGACUCAUCAGAUCCUUCGGGUGCCUUCCAGCCGGGUUCCAAGUGUUGGGGUCAAAUCGCUCGGGAGUAUCCAGCAUAGUCCUGAUCUCCUUGGCGAUGAGGAGAUCAUUGUACCUGGAAGGCAAGACAGUCAGUCACACGUGCACUUGACAGUCAGUGGGAUGCAUGCCUGACGAAACGAAGCAACGCAUACAGUAGGAUGUUCCUUGGGAUGGGAAUUUUGUGGGAAUCCAUGAACAGGAUGAACUCUCGAGCUUCGUUGAUCAGGAGGUUGUCUAGGAGCUGCAUUAGAAUCCAGGAGAUUUCUUGUUUCAGGUGUUUUAGCAGGAUGGGAUUGGCGACGACCAGUUGGAAGCAGAACUGCGAGCAUUGAUGCACCAGCAACCCACGAAUGGCGGCGGUAAUGUGAUACAGGAUGUCUUUCAUCCCAGCGUCCGAGAGAUUUAAAUCCUUCGCUGCACGCAGCCAUCAUGAGCCUUCCCAGGA